AUGACCACAAAACGAGGACGUCAAACAACAAGGGAAUCCAAUUCAACCUUGUCAUCAAACUCUGGAGGCUCCUCUUCUGAUUCGGAUGAUUCAUCAUCUACUUCAUCAGAAAAAAGUAUGAAACAAAGGAAGAAAAAUAGUAAAUCGUUUAACAUGGAUGCUCCUUCACAUGUUCCUGUUUUGAUGGGUAAUAAUCCAUCACCUCAUCAUUUACUACCUCCAGGAGCCUAUCAUCCUUCCAUGAUGGGAAAAAAUCUUCAUCAACAACAAACAAUUCAGAGUAGUAGUAAUAAUCAUCAACCAGUACAACAACCAGUAGUAGUUGUGAAUAAUCAAGUUCCGAAUCAACAGGCAUUGAAAUCAAGAAUAUCCAGUGAACAAGUAGCCUAUUGUCCAUCAUGUUCUUUUAUUGGAAAUAAGUCACAUUUGCCUCAAUCGAUAUCGUCGAAAAAAUACUCCUAUGUCUAUGAAAUGAAAAAUCAAUCAGUCUUCCCAAUGAAUGAGAAGAAGACUGUAAAGAUAUUAACCCACAGUAAUUUACACAGACACAAAAUUGGUGAUGAGGCUUCUAUAACGAAUAAUAGCUUUUGGAUGGGAAACUCUGACAUUAAUGUAUACCAGAACAAGUGUAUUGUUAAGGUACUACAAUAUGGAGUUUGUAAGAAAGCCAUUGUAAAUCACCCAUACGAUUCGUUUGCUUCAACUGAGGAGGAUGAUAUUGAAAUUGUUUAUUUUAUAGAGUAUUCAACAUCAAGAGGACCAAAGAAUAUGUUUGUCUCAGAGGGGGAGCUUCACACACUUGCUGGAUCAAAUCCUGAACUCUCCAAAGAGGAAAUUAUCAAAAAAGAAAGUAAUGACAAGUUAUAUAAUGAGGCUCUUCAGCAAGUUUAUAAUAUCAAUGCUCAAGAUUUAUUGAAUUUGGAAAAGAAAUAUCAAUUACAGCAACUCAAUGAAGAGCAAGAAUAUCAUCAAACCAAUCACUUUAAAGGAGAUUUACAUUUACAUGGUAACCUGCUACUGAAAGGUCAUUUGAAAAUUCAAAAACAAGCAUCUUGUGUUGAAAGAGUUAUUAUGAAUGUAGAUUUGAAUAACAUUGAUUACUACAUGCUAUUUGUCGAUAGCAUUCCAUCUGACGUACCUAUUAAGAACGAUCACCAUCCACACAAUAAUAUUAACAAAAUGAGAGGAGGAAGAAGAGGUGGUGGAAACAGAGGAAGAGGAAACAGAAGACAAAGAGGUCCACCAAGAAGAGGAGGAAGACCACCACAAGAUGGUAGACCUGCUAUCGGAGGAGGAGGUGCUCUCAUUGAUUUGACUGUUGAAGAUGAUUAUUUAUUAGAAGAUAAUGGUGAUGACGAUUCAUCAUCGGAAGAAGAGGAAGAAUUUGAUUCAAAUCAACCAAAAACAUCCAAUUCAUCUGCAUCGGAUAAGAAGGUUGUUAAAACCUAUGCAUCAGGAAAACAACAAUUUUAUGAACAAAAUAGACACAGAUUUGAGAUGAAUUCUGAAGUUUUAACAUGGACAUUAGAAGAUUUGGAAACACCAAUAGAGUUGGAUCCAGUUCCUGAUCAUUUUAGAGAUACGAAACAUUAUUGUUCAAGUUUUUUGGAUUAUAUUUUCGAAGAGACUAGAGCUUGUAUUUAUCAAUCUUUGGAAACUAAUAAUCAUGGUGAUAUGGCAAAAUGCUCUAUUGUCAAAUGGAAGAAGGGAAAGAAUCGUGGAGAAUCUGCUACUAUUUAUUUUGAUAUUAUUCCGAGACCACCAAAAGAUCCAAACAUGACACCUUAUAUUCCAAUGUUUCAAAAACAUGAUUAUUGUGUAGUAACUACUGAACCAUCCCUUCAAAAUUUGGAAUCACAAAAUCAUUUCUUUUGUAUUAUUGAAGAGGGUAAUCAAAUUAGUUCAAACAAAUUUCAACAACAAAGUCAACCAUGGAGUCGUAGAAAUGGUGGAAAAGGUGGAAGAAGAAGAAGAGGAGGAAAAGGAGGAAGAGGAGGUAGAGAAAGACCAUCAAAGCCAAUGUCUAAUAUCAAAACAAAUUUCAAAGCUAAAUUCCAUGCCUCUAGUGUUACCAAGCAUUUACUUAACAUGGAUGCUACUGCAAGAAAAGGAAAAAAACAAAAACAAAAGCGUCAAUCAAAUAAUGGACAAAGACAAAAUUGGUUUAUUUUUCCAAUCUUCACAAUGGUUACAAAACACAGAGAGUAUGAAGCAAUUCAAAAAUCUGCUAUUCCUGCUCCUCUUUUCAAUACAAGUGUACUUCUAGGAUUAAUCAUGGCACUCUUGGCUAAUAAGAAGAGAAUUCUUGUUUGUUCAGGAACUAACGUAGCUGUCGAUCACAUUGUUGCCAAACUCUCUCAAAAUGGGUUGAUAAAUAGUAAUGGUGAAAAGUAUCAAUUAUCAAUUAACAAAAUGGCAAGAAUUGGUAAUGACGAAAAAAUUGAUGAGCUAAGUAAGAGAAUAGAUCCUGCCACUCGUUUCAAACAACUUCAAAGAGCUGUCAAGGAUAUUAUUCACUGUGUAGAAUUGAUUCGUAAGGAAUUAUUUGAAGUUAUGGAGAAAUCUAGGCAAAGUAAUACAGCAUUCAAUGCAAGAAAUUCUAUCAAGGGAAGAACUGAGAAGGUUAUCAAACUCAUUAAGAAUACAGAAGAAACCAUUACAAAACUUUUAUUAACCAAGUUGAUCAAUCAGGAAAUGGUAAAUACUGUCAGUGAAAAAUUCUCUAAGGUAACAGAACAUAUUCAAACAUUCUUGGAAUUUGGUAACAAUAAUGAAGCCAAGAAAAUAGAUUUAAAAAAUGGAGCUGAGGAUAUUUAUCAAGAAAUUGAUUCCUUUUACAAGGAAUUACAAGUCUAUCUUGUUGUUGAUAACAGAGAUGUGGAAAAGAAGAUUCUUGAUAAUUGUGAUUUGGUAUUUGCCACUCUAGCUAUCACUGGUAGACAUCUUAUGAGAUCAUGCAAAGCUUUUGAUAUUAUCAUUAUUGAUGAAGCUGCUCAAGUUACAGAAAGUGAAAGUGUUAUUCCACUCGAUUUGGCAACAGAAAAGCUUGUCUUGAUUGGUGACCCUAAACAGCUUCCUUCAACUGUUAUUUCAAAUGAAGCUGUUGAAAAGAAUUACAAUAGAAGUAUGUUCGAGCGAUUGAUGAAAUUGGCAAACACCAAAGGAUUCUCUAUUCAUAAGCCAGUUCUAUUGGAUACUCAAUAUCGUAUGCACCCUAAAAUUUCCAGAUUCCCAGAACAUCAAUUCUAUCAUUCUGUCCUUAAAGAUGGUGAAAAUGUCAAAAAAUACGAUGUUCAUCCAGAAUGGCAACCUGUUUAUGAACUUGGAUUGGAACCUUGCCUAUUCAUGAAUUGUCCAAAAUCUGCUGAAACUUUCAAUCCUAAACUCAAGAGUUACAAUAAUGAAGAAGAGGCUGAUACCAUUGUAAAAAUUAUUGAUUUGUACAUGAAUAAGUAUGGAAUUUCGAGAUCCAAGAUUGCAGUCAUUACUUUCUAUCGUGCUCAAGUAGAUUUGAUUCGUGAAAAGUUGACAGAAUAUGAAAAGAAGAAUCCACACCCAGUUAGAGUAGUAACUCCAGUUGCUACUCCUCAAGUUACAGCUGUUCCAAAGCAAGAAAACCCGACAACAGAACAAGAAAAGCCUGUUGAAAAUGCUGGUGAAGGAACCUCUGAAGAAAUUUCUAUUGAAGAUUUACUUCCAAUUGAUGAUUCAUCAGAUAGCGAUGAAGAAGAGGAAAUUGUUGAAGAGGAAUGGUUCGAUGUGAACACUGUAGAUUCUUACCAAGGAAGUGAAAAGCAAGUUAUUAUUCUCUCAACAGUUCGUGCCAAUGAUAGAAAUAGUUUGGGUUUCUGUGUAGAUCAGAGACGUUUGAAUGUAGCUAUUACUAGAGCUCAAUUUUCACUUGUUAUUGUUGGUAAUGGUGAAAAUCUCUGUUCCAAUGAUUUGUAUAGAGAAUUUAUUAAGAAUACAAAGGUUGUUGAACCAAGAGAUUUCUUCCAAUUAGAAAAUGAUGCACAAGAAACUGAUAACAUGCUGUUGAGAAAUUUGAAUAGAAAUAGCUUGAACUUAACAUCUGCCUUGUUAAACAACAAGUCUAUGGUCUCAGAAUUGGGACAAGAUUUGGAGACCAUCUCUAAUACUAUUAUUGAUCUCAGUUUAGAUAAGGACAACCACAUUCUCUUAUUCCAAGCUUUAAAAACUUUGAAUAUUAACUUCAAGAGAACAUUCCAAUAUGGUAAUAAUUUAUAUCAUAGAGCCAUCUAUUCUAGAUCAUAUGAUUGUGUUUUGGAGUUGCUCAAGAGUCCAAAAUCUCAUUCACUCCUCUUUGAUUUGAAUCAACAAAAGAAUUUACCAAUUCACUCAUUGGUAUUGGAAUAUGGUAAGAGAAAACCACAAGAAAAGGAAAAGAUGAAGAUUGCCUUUGAAAAUAUGAUAACAGUGCUUCUUGAACAUAAGCCAACUGCAAUUCAAAGACAAAUUUUACAAAUAGACUCUGAUGAUCCAUAUGAAGUUUUUGAUGUGCCAAGCGGAAUUGAUCAAACUAUUGAUGUUACAAUUUUAAAACAGGAUUUGGAUGAUUUAAUGGAAAUUGUGGUAAAGCAUGAUUUGUUGCCUGAGGAUGAAAGUUUGGAAUUGAUGAGUAAGGGACUUAAAUGUGAAAGAUUUUUCAAGCCACCCCCACCAGUCAUUAACAAUAUACAACAACAACAACAACAACAAGUCAACCAACCUCAACAAAAGAGACCACAACACAAGGCUCACCAAAACAAUAACAAUGCCAAUAAGCAACAACCACAAGGCAAUAAUGGUAGACCUAGCUCUUCCAAUCAAGUUCCUCCACAACCACAACACCAACAAGCAAACAAUAAGCAUCAACAUAAUAACAGAGAUAAUAGACAAGCUCCACAGCAACAAAAGAACACUCAACCACAACAACAUCAACAAAAACCACAUUUUGUUAAUAAGCAAUCUCAAUCUCAACCACAACAGCAACAGCAACAAGUGUUUGUGAAAAAGACUGACUCUACUACUAACCAACCACAUCAUAAACAAGCUCAAUCCCAACCACAACACAAGCAACAGCAACAACACUUUGUUAAAAAGGUAGAAACACCUCAACAGCCAAAACCACAGAGUCAACCAUCUGCCUCCAAUAACAAUACUGGAUAUCAAUCUCAAUACGAACAAUUUAAGCAAUUAAUGCAAGCCAAGUUUGCCACAGAUUCUACUCAAACACCUCCUCCAACCAAUUCAAACAACCCAACCCAGCAACAAGCUCCAUCCCAAAACAAUCAAAAGCAAGUGAAUCAUCCUUUCAGAGAUUACAAGAAACAAGGAGGAGGAAAUAAUCGAUCAUUCCAUAAUAAUCAAUCCAAUAAUAACAAGUAAAUUAUGAACACUUAAUUAUUUC